UCUUGGUUUUAAAUAACUUGGUAGUUCAGGAAGGUGGACAUGCUCCAAUUGAAAGUAAACAUAUUAAGAUGAAUUUGGAAUUUAAAGAAUUAGAAAUUCAUCAUUCCCAAGUUCUGUUUCAAAUUAAGAAAAAACCUAUCCAUGGAGAGUUAAGAUUAAAUGUUGCCCCUGAAUCCCAGAUAAAGGCAACUUUUACAAUGUUAGAUUUGUGGCAAGAAAGGGUUUUGUACAUCCAUGAUGGCUCUGAGAGCACCAGAGAUCACUUUGUAUUCUCUGUCUCUGUCACCAAAGAGAAGGAAAUUCCUUUCCAUUUUCAAAUAAAUGAUCAAUAUGUGUUUAACAUUACUAUCUCUCCAGUAAAUGAUCCUCCAGAGCUUUUCCUUCCAGAAGGAAAUUUGCUGCUUCUGUUGGAGAACUCUAAGAAACGACUGAAGUCUAACAUGAUAGAGGUAUUGGAUCCAGAUACCAACCCACUGGACCUGACUUUUUCAGUACUUGGAAACUUCAAUGUUGAUACUGGUUAUUUAGAAAACUCUCAGCAUCCUGGAAAAAUAAUUAAUACAUUUACAAAUGAGGAUUUACAACAUGGAAGAAUUUUUUAUGUGCAUCAUGGGCUCCAGAAUUCUCGUAUUGUUCUGCGAGUAAGUGAUGGGGAGUUGGUUAGUAAUACAAUUGUAUUACGUGUCAAAACCAUCCCUUGGGAUUAUGAAGUGGUAAAUAACACUGGUGUGGCUGUUCAACAGGGCAACAUGGUUCUGAUUACCCGGAACAACUUGUCAGUACAGAUUAAUGCUGGGGAGCAGGGGAUGGAGAUACGCUAUGACAUUAUCCAACCUCCUCUUUUUGGUCAGAUUCAAAGACGAAGUUCCAAUGGGGAAUGGAAGUUUGUCAACACUUUUUCUCAACGUUCCAUUGAUCAAGAUCGGGUAAGGUACUGCAGUACAUUUAAAGAAUCACAACUGGAAAAUAUCACCGAUCAAUUUACAUUUAAAAUUAGCAUUGAAAACAAAGUCAGCAAAGAACUGAUGUUUCCCAUAGCCAUACAGUGGCUGAAGUAUAAAUUAGUGAAAAAUAGUCCCCUAGAUAUUGAUACAAUGGAUAAAAAAAUAUUGACUUCAGAUCACUUAAUGGUUAGGAUGGAGAAUAUGAAGUUACUUGAUAAUGAUCUUCAUUUUAAAUUACUCUCCCUGCCUAAGAAAGGAAAAUUGCUGCUUGGUAGCAACAUUUUGAAACUAAACUCCACCUUCACCCAAAAAAAUAUUUUAGAUCAUGAAGUUGCUUACAAACUAUUUGAGAAGUCACAGGAAAACACACAGGAUUCAUUCAAAUUUUUGAUCUUUACCAACUAUGUAGAAUCAAAAGUUUAUAUCUUCACAAUAAAUAUCAGAGCAGAUCAUAUUAUUUUAACUAACAAAGGAUUUUCUGUAACUGAAGGGGAAGGGAAGUUAAUCACUAAAACAGAAUUAUUCGUGCAAGCUUUGGGGAACCAGAUUUUCCAUUAUAAAAUUACCAAGAGCCCUCAACAUGGGAAGCUAAAACUUAUUAAUUUUUCAGAAUCACUAGAAAGUAAUGAUAACAUUACUACUUUCACCAAUCAGGAUAUCAUUGGUGAACGUUUGAUGUAUGUCCAUGAUGACUCUGAAACUAUGUAUGAUGAGUUCAUUGUUACAGCAUCUGCCAAAGAACCAGGAGAUGAGGAAACCAGGUUAGGUCUCGAAAUCAAAGUAAAUAUUUCUGUGAAACUGAAGAAUGAUGAGAAGCCUGUGCGUGUGGUGGAUAAAGUAUUUCAUGUGGUAAGAAAUGGUCAGCGUUUAUUGACCUUGAUGGAUCUUUGUUACCAUGACCCUGAUUCAGAUUUUAAUGAUAGACAGUUGCUGUAUACCAGGCGGGGUAUUCCAAAUGGGGAUCUGGUAUUAGCUAGUGAUCCCAGUCAAAAGCUCUACCAGUUCAAACAAGAAGACCUAGAGGAAGGAAGGGUGCUCUUCAGGCACCAUGGAGCAGAUCGUGCCCGAUUUGUGCUGUUUGUCACAGAUGGCACUCACGACACAUUCUCCCUUCUGGAGGUCAGUGCUUCAGAUCCCUACCUGCAGAUUGCCAACAAUACAGGAUUGCUCGUGCUAAAAGGAAGAGAAAAGACACUCACUACUGCUAACCUUAGUGUUAGCACGAAUCAGGAUGUUAGAAGUGACGCAGAGAUCAAGUAUGAGAUCUUUUUGCUUCCACAGCAUGGCAGAAUCUUGGUGAAAAACAGGCCAUCGACUUCAUUUUCCCAACACGACUUGAAGCAAGGAUAUGUGAUUUAUAAGCAUUAUAACAACAGUGUUCUUGCUGAUAGAUUCAACUUAACUGCAAAAGUUAAAGACACACACCUGGAUAUUGGGAUUCAUGUCCAGGUAUACUUGGAAAGCCACCAGCAUCCCCCCAAAGUUAUUCACAGCAAAAGCCUUCUAGUUGAAGAAGGCAAAUCAGUGGAACUCAGCAGAGGAAAUCUUCAGGUUGUACAUGAAAAUAAUUCUCCAUCAGAGCUAGUGUUCAUCGUUAAGAAUCCUCCAGUCCACGGACAGCUCCGAAAAUUUGUCCCAGAAGAUAACUUGGAUGCUGCUGAGAAUUCUCCUUCAUCCUUUACACAGCAGGAUAUUGAUGAUGGUCGCAUCCAUUAUGAGCAGACAGCUUCUGACCAAGAGCAAGAUCGCUUUUUACUGGAUGUUACGAAUGGUGUCCAAGCCAUCAGUGGAGUAGAAAUCUUGGUGGAGAUCCUCCCUAGAUUGAUUCCUUUGGUCAUACAGAACUUUACGGUACUAGAAGGUGGCUCUAGAGCCCUUCUGGAGGAUUUCCUUAAAAUUCCAAAUCACUAUUUUGUGGGAGUUGACUGUGAAUUUGUCCUAGUUGAAUCACCAAAACAUGGUUAUAUUGAAAAUUCUCAUUUUCCAAAAGUAAAACUAAUGAAAUUUACCAGAAAACAGGUGAAAAAAGAAUUAAUUUAUUAUGUUCAUGAUGGGAGUGAAGAAUUAUUUGACAGUUUUACAGUCCUUGUGAAUAAUAUAGAACUUGGGAAACAGAGUUUGCCCCAAACUCUCUUUGUGAAGAUUCAGCCAGUGAAUGAUGAGGCUCCAGUCAUAGUAGCAAAUAAAAUAUUGCGGGUCUGGGUGAAUUCUGUUACUGAAAUAACCCAAAAUGAUCUCUGUGCAGAAGAUAUUGAUUCCUUACCUGGGGAACUGUUCUACUCCAUCACCCUUCCCAGCAAUGGUCACUUGGCUCUGAAAUCUUUUCCAAAUGAAAGCAUCCUGAAUUUCACCCAAGCUCACAUCAAUGAAGGCCACCUAGUGUUUGUACACACCGGAGCAAUGUCUGGUGGCUUUAGCUUUCAGGUCACUGAUGGCUUGAACUUUGCACCCCGACAGAUUUUUAGCAUCACAGCUCAGGCUCUGGUUCUUAGUCUAGAAACAAACAAAGGACUGGGAGUCUUUCCAGGUUCCACCAAGCCCAUUACAUCUCACGUCCUGAAAGCUGUGACCAAUGAUGGGGACAGUGUGGGAAACCGAACAGUCACUUUCACAGUUCUGAGCCCCCCAAAACUUGGGAGGCUCGUUAGACUGGACAGUGACACCCGGGAUGUUUCUGCAUUUACACAACAGAUGGUUAAUGAAGGUCUGAUAUUAUACAAGCAUAUGAACAGUGAAAUUCAAGUCUGGAAUGCAGAAGACUCUUUUACAUUCACAGUGUCCUCACCUCCAGCUAUUUUAGGACCCCAGGUGUUUCCUAUUAAAAUCUCAUAUGAUAUUAAUGAGUCUGGCCAGCACAGUCACCUGCUUGCAAAUACAGGAGCUGUUGUCCAGGAAGGAAGGAGAGUCUUAAUUGAUAGAUCUAAGUUAGAUGCAUCGAAUCUCCUAGUUAAAUUACCUGAAUCUCAGCGUGCUACAUAUGAAGUCUGGUACCAGAUUACAUCUCUUCCCCACCAUGGUACAAUUGUAGUUGGAGAGAGAAAUAUUACCAAAGAAAAACCCUAUUUCUCACAGUACAUAAUUAAUAAAUAUGGCAUCACCUAUCAGCAUGAUGACUCUGAAUCACUAGCUGAUAAUUUUACUUUCUCAGUUUGGUUGAAUCAGAAGAGUAAAUCCGCCACAAAACCAGAGGCCAACUUUCUCGAAGAGGUAUUUAAUAUCACUGUCUCUCCUGUGAAUGACCAAGCACCCAAGUUGAAGACAAAAGGACCUUCUCUGAAAGUGCUUCAGGGCAAUAUGUUCAGAUUGGGACCAGACAAUCUGAAAGUGGAGGACUUGGACAACUCCCCAGAAGAGAUCGGAUACACAAUCAUCAGCAGCCCUACCAAUGGCUUUUUAGCAAGAGCUCCCUAUCUAGACUUCCCCAUUCAUCAAUUUUCCCAGGCAGACAUUGACAAUGGCCAGGUGUGGUUUGUGCAAGAUGGAAGUCCAGUGUCUGGGGUAUUUUACUUUAGUGUAACAGAUGGCAAACACCGUCCACUAUACAAACUCUUCCACCUGGAGGUUAUACCUAUCUCUAUCACCCUUGUGAAUCUGACUGAUCUGCUCCUUCCCCAAGGCCAGACCUCUGUCUCCAUCACUAAUGUACAUCUGUCAGCCAUGACCAACGGGAAAAGUACUGAGAUUAUUUACAAACUAAUCCAGCCCCUCCAGCAUGGCUACCUGGUCAUGGAAAAUGAGCAGGUCACUCACUUCAAACAGGAAGAUUUAUUUUCUGGAAAACUGUCUUACCACAUGACAAAUCUCACUGCCUCCCAGGACGAAUUGCAGUUCAUGAUAUUUACAACGGAGAAUAAUCUGACAGACCAGACCCUCUACAUCCGAGUACGGCCCUUGCUGCGAGUCGCAUCUAGCCUGGAGAUUCCCAAUAGGAUGAUUUAUCGGUUGAGACAGAAGGACCUGGAUGCCACUGAACUUGCUCAUUUAACAAAGAGUGUUCCCACAUUUGAAGUCACAGAGCCGCCUGUCCAUAGCAGACUUAUAAAAAGAGUCAGUCGCCAUGCUGAGCCAGAAGGAAUUGAUCUCUUCACCCAAAUGGACAUUGACCAAGGUAUAUUGAUGCUCAAUCCCCAUGCUAACAUGAGUGGUGUGGAUGUGAUUAAUGAUUCCUUCACCUUCACGCUCAAGGCAGACCACGUGCAACCAGCUGUAGGCUACUUUCCCUAUACUAUCAUGAUGUCCGAUCCCUUGUUUGUACAAAAUGUUACUGCAGAAGUACCAUUGUCAGAUGCUCUGAGGACAUCUCCAGUUUCCCAAGAGAAGUCUGUGAUUUCCAUAGGAUCCACAGUACAGACUGAAAGCCCCAGGAAGACAAGGAGAUUGGGUUCAGAUCUCUGGAGAAAUCAGAAGGGGGGAGAUCUGGCGGCUCCUGUAACCCAGUUUGCCUGGCCAAAGAUCUCCACUGAAACUGGCUCAAGGACAGCCAGAGCUCAGCCCAGAGAAAGCAGCAAUCCCCUCAUGGUCAUCUUACCCCUUGCUGUUGCCACCUUUCUGUUAAUAGUGACUGUGAUGUCACUCUGUAUCUGCCUGAUGUGCCACAAGGUAAAAAAAGCUAGCCCCUCCAUUGACCCUCAGACCAGCCCAGAGCCCAGGACUCCCACCCUGAGUCCAGAGAGGAGUCUGACCAUCCCCUCGGUCACAGUGACACCCCUUUUAAGAAGCUCCAGCAGCCCGGCACUUAGCCCUUCUCUGGCCCCAACAUGUCAGCAGUUGCUUGCCCCAGUGGCUAAGCCCAUGGAAAAAAUCUCUCUUUGGGAUGCCUGGAGGAAUCUGGAUCCAGAAAUGGUCCAGCACUGCCGAAAGACCAACCCAAUGCUCAGGCGCAAUCAGUAUUGGGUCUAGACAGGCAUGAAAAUUUGCAAAGUGGUGUGAGUUCCCAUCGUCUGCAAAAAAAUCUGUGGUAGUAUCCUUAGCUAGUUUUUAAUGUUAUUUAUUUUUGUGUAUCUUCUAUAAGAGGGUCUGUGUUCCUGAAAAGGAAGAUGAAGAUUAUUCACAGUAUAUAUAUUUUUUUGAAACAGAAAAGUCUAUUUGUAUAAACCUCUUACUAAAGAUUUCUUUUGUAACUCUUUUUGAACUUCUCCAUCUGAAUUUUUCAGUACUGGUGAAAAUGAUUAAAUAUUCUUCUUCUAAGCAACUCUUCUCUCAAAUCAAUUCAUUUGUCUAUUUGGAAGCUGUAAGAAAAUGCAAGAAAACUAUGAUGUUUUGGGUUUUUUAAAAAUGGAUUCACUCCCAAUGAGUCAGUUGGAAAUACAAGAACCUUUUCAGUAAGCAGGAGAAUCUAUUGAAACACUGAACCUGUUUCUAUGCUGUUUAUUUUAAAAUUUGCUUUGUUUCUUUCAACCUUGAGCUACAACUUUUAGACAGACUUUGUUCAUUUCUUAAUGCAAUAAAUGUCUCUAUUAUCAUCCAUAGUUUGGGAGAAAAGGCCAGCAGGAUUGGCUACCCAUCUGGGACAUUUUCUAUAGACUUUAUGUGCACAUCUAGAAACAUCUGCUAGUUUCUAUUACAAACCAGGACUUUAUAGCACACUUCACUUUAAGAGUUAAACAAAGUCACAAAGUUAAAACAAAGUUGAUUUUUUGAUUUUUUUUUUUUGUGGAUUGAUUUCACAAGUUAACACUGCAUUACCUGUGCCUUUGACUGUAUGAAAUAUUUUGUAUUGCCAGCAUUAUUUUUUAAGUGAUCUGGUAGAGGGAAGAUAUAUUCUAUUUCAGAUUCUCUAAGCCUCAGUUUCUCCCAAAGUAAAAUGAGAAUAGCAACAUGUAGGCCAGAAAAUUUUCCUUUGAUCUUUUAGAUCUGAGGCUUGUUGAAUGUAUCAGUUUUAUAUUUUGAUCUGUUUUGUAUAAACUAGUGAAAAGUUCCCUCCCUUUGUAUACACUGUGAAAGAUGAAUAAACUUGCUAUUGAGUA